UCAUAACUGGGCGUUAAAGUGACACAUACAUGUAUAUACAGCUCAUGAUCAGCGGGGAAUACAAAUGAUGACGAUGGGUUAAUAGCUGUGAAAACAAAAAUAAGAUGUCUUCGGAAACUGUGUCGGCACAAAAGAAGCUGAGCUCCAGUUUGAAAGAGAGGCUAAAGAGAUGCGGACGUUACCAUUCUUCUCCUAUCAGUGCUCCACCAAGAAAGCGCAUCAGUUAUCCAGUUAGCACAUUACAACAAACACCUGUGAUAACAGAACUCGACGGGAAGGGAGACCACCAUCAGGGCACCCUAGGCCUGUCAACUCCACCAAAGUCAGCAGCAGCAGCAGGAUGCAUUAACAAGGAAAUAAGACCAGACUUGACACAUGUAAAGCCCAAUUAUUCAACCCCUACAAAUAAAAAAGAUGGAUUUUCAAAUACUGUUGAGAAUUCCUCAACAACCUAUGGGAAACACUCGCUCACAGCUCCACAUACAUUUUCAAACCCUAGCCCUAUAUCAUUAACUCAAAAAACAAGCACAAAUGAGAUUCCAAGCACAUAUUUUCCAGUGUCUAAUUUAACUGUUUCUGCUGUUGACAUCCACAGCUGUUGUAAACAGAAGUCUGGAGAAGACACAAGGCAUUCAUUUCUGUCAUCAACACCAGAUACAACAUGUACAGGUCUUGUGCAAAAAAAUAAUGUAAACAAUGAAGGGGAAAAUGAAAUUUCUGAACUAAGAUAUGAAAGGACACCCAUUCGCUCAAGAAAUGUUUCAUCAUGUUGCAGACCAAGCCGAUUACAUUUCCCUGGGAUGUCCAAUAACAGUUUUAUUGAUAGUGAUACUAGUACUGGCAGUAGUCCAGGUGUCGGUAAACAGUUAGAACAAUUAGCUGGAUUUCAAAUCACGCCAUUGAAAGAGACACAAAGUGCUAAUAAUUGUGGGUCUAGUGAUGAUGCAGAAAUGCUUCAGGAAGAAUAUGAAAGACUGAAAAAUACAUUGAGAGAAAAGGAGGAAGAACUACGGAAAUUGAACAUGGUGAAAAUGUAUAGAACUAAGAAUGACUUGGACAGCCUUGGAGUGUUGGUCAGAAAAUGGCGAAUAACCAGUCAGCAAGCUUUGAUCGACCUACACAACAAACUUCCGGAGCCCAAACCCUCGCUCACACAACUAAUAGAUCAUCUAAAGAUCGAACAUUCUAUAGUUCAGUUCAAUCCUGAGGAAGAAGCUUUUAGUAAUAGUUAACAAAAUUUAAAAUUGUACUAUUACAUGAUUGUAUUUACAGGUAAUAAGAUUAAUUAUAUAACGAUUCUUCAUAGAUUGCACACAGUCGUAAAGGUUACUUUAAAACCAUUAAAUAAAAUAAAAUUUUCUUAUUGAUCUUGUGUAUACAUUGAAAUUGAUUUUAGAUGUUGACAAAUUCUUAAGAAUUAAAACCAAGAAUUUCUGUUCUGACAUCAGUUUGCUUUUCCUGCAAAAACUCAACAGCUUAAAUAUAAAGAAUAUUUUCUUUCUUUUAAGAACCAUGUUUUAAGUUACCACUUCAUAUUGAAAAAUUAAUCAAUGUUGACUGUUCUCAUAUUAAAGUGUUUUUAUUACUGUUUUGAUUGUGUGAAUCCUAUCAACUUGUUUCUAUUUAUUAAAAUUUAUUAC